AUGUUGUUCUUGCUACGAGAUGCCUUUUCCAUUCGCUUGAAUUUCCUCGAAAUCGGCGUUUUCGCCACGCUCAUCUGUGCUGUCGAUCCAGUCGCGGUACUGACCGUGUUCGAAGAUAUCCAUGUGAAUGAACUGCUGUAUAUAUGUGUAUUCGGAGAAAGUCUUUUGAAUGAUGCCGUCACUAUAGUGAGUUUGGAGAAUGUCUUGGAUUUCUAUUCCAGAGAAUCGCGAAGAUUGGUGUGA